CAGCGCAUAAAAAGGGUCUCCCUUAUCGCCGCCUGUUAUUGAGAGCUGAAAAAACACUCUCCUACCUAUCUCCCAAAUCCCAAUAAACAAACUAAGAUGGAUCGGGAGAAGCUUAUGAAGAUGGCCACUGCAGUUCGCACUGGUGGAAAGGGUAGUGUGAGAAGGAAGAAGAAAGCUGUCCACAAGACUACUACUACAGAUGAUAAAAGGCUUCAGAGCACCCUGAAGAGAAUUGGAGUGAAUGCUAUACCUGCAAUCGAGGAAGUCAACAUAUUCAAGGAUGACAUUGUUAUCCAGUUUCUAAAUCCCAAAGUGCAAGCAUCCAUUGCUGCCAACACAUGGGUUGUUAGUGGUUCUCCACAAACUAAGAAAUUGCAAGAUAUUCUUUCACAAGUUCUUGGGCAUUUAGGUCCUGAUAACUUGGAAAACCUGAAGAAAUUGGAGGAACAGAUCCAGAAGCAAGUGCCUGGUGCAGGUGCUGCCGUGGCAGCACAGGAUGAUGAUGAUGAAGUCCCUGAUCUUGUGCCUGGAGAGACCUUUGAAGCUGCAGCAGAGGAGGAUAAAGCUGCUGCUUCUUAAGAGUCAUUUAAAAGGAUUUUGUGUUCUUUCAUAUGCUUCCUGUGAUUUUGAAGUGGUAUCCAUUUUUUUUAAAUUACAUCGUUCUUAAUCUUAUGUUCUCUGUGACUCUUAAUGGUGUUAUGUUGAGUUUUCGAUCCAAUAUACUUUUUCUGAAAUUCGUGGUUGAUA